GCGCUCAUGCCAGCAACAGAUCCUGGCGCAUGCGCACUUCAUUAUUUUGACUGAAAAAUGCCGUCGGUUUCGAAAACGGCGGUUAAUGCGUCUCCACAAACCGAGAAACCAACCCACUACACGUACUUGAAGGAGUUCAGGACAGAGCAGUGUCCGUUGUUCCUACAGCACAAGUGUACACAGCACAGACCCUUUACCUGCUUCCACUGGCAUUUUCUCAACCAGCGACGAAGACGGCCCAUUAGAAGAAGAGACGGAACUUUUAACUACAGCCCAGACGUAUAUUGCACAAAAUACGACGAGACUACAGGCAUUUGUCCAGAUGGUGAUGACUGUCCUUAUUUACACCGGACCACUGGUGACACUGAGCGUAAAUACCAUCUACGCUAUUACAAGACUGGAACUUGUAUCCAUGAGACAGACGCCCGAGGGCACUGCGUGAAGAAUGGUCUCCAUUGUGCUUUUGCUCAUGGGCCACAUGAUCUCCGACCUCCAGUCUAUGAUAUAAGAGAGAUCCAAGCACAAGAGGCCCUCCAGAAUGGACAGUUGGGACCUGGGGAUGGUAUUCCUGAUCUACAACCUGGUGUGUUAGCCAGUCAAGCUAUGAUCGAGAAAACCCUAACAGAAGACCCCCGGUGGCAAGAUACCAACUUUGUUUUAGCUAACUACAAAACCGAACAGUGUACUAAGCCUCCGAGACUAUGCAGACAGGGCUACGCUUGCCCCCACUACCACAACAGUAGAGAUCGAAGACGAAAUCCAAGAAAGUUCAAGUACAGGUCAACACCGUGUCCUAAUGUGAAGCAUGGUGAUGAGUGGGGUGAGCCUUCAAAGUGUGACAGUGGAGACAGUUGUCAGUAUUGUCAUUCUCGCACUGAGCAGCAGUUUCACCCAGAGAUCUACAAAUCUACCAAAUGCAAUGAUAUGCGGCAAACUGGAUACUGUCCAAGAGGGCCGUUUUGUGCAUUUGCACAUGUAGAAAGAAUUCCCUCCACAGAAGAAACCAUGAGCUCAUUUCUUACAGCGAUACAGUCGGGUUCACAGCUUGUUUCCCAGCAGUAUUCGGAGUGUCCAGCCAGUGAGUGGAACAGCGGAGGCAACUCCAGCACCAGUGCAACCAGUAGCAACGGUCAAGUAGGAAGUGUUUCGUGUUCUAAUAGCUCAGCUAUAACGCCAAACUCAGGAAGCGACAGUUUGUUAUCCCCAGUGGCAUCCAUCAGCAGGCCCAAAUCGCUAACUAAUAGUAGUUUAUGUUCAGAGUCUGCUGCAUCCUGUGUCUCAUCUCUGUCGUCUAACUGUCCUAAAGCUCCGGGCUUUGAGCGUGAGGAUCAGGUUAAGAACAAGGGACAAGGGGAUCAAAAAUUGAUGGACCAAGACAAACAGACACAAAACACUGCAUUCUCUGCCGUGAAUCCUUUGGCAUCAAGCUUUACCUCCAGUAUAACAUCAAGCUUGGCUUCUAGUAUUGGCUCUGAUAGUUCCUCACCCACCACCUUAUCAACAAUGAAUGCAAAAGCCACUCCUUUCUAUCCAGGGAGCAACACAGUGGAGUCGGUCAUAGGUUCUGCCCUGGACCUCAAUUUUAGUGACAUUAAUGUUGCAUCUCUUGACAAGGAGUUAGAGGAGCAAGACAACAAUGUAGGAUUGCCAAGUCAAAGGGCACUCGGUGGAUCUGCUCCAGUUAACAUUCCUGGCUCCCUUGCGCGAUCCUCCUCUUUAAAUUCUUCAUCUUCCCUGUCCACUUCCCCGUUAAGCUCCCUCUCACAGUCGCUGUCACAGUCCCUGCUGUGUGGAACCAUGUCGCAGCAAAAUCAGCCUUCGCCCAUGUUAGCCAAGCAAGAGCAUGGUCUCCUGGGAACACCCACGUCUUCACAAAACUCUCUCGGAUUGAAUGGAGGAGCCAACAACAUAUGGGACUUUGUAAGUGGCAACUUUUCACCGAGUCCGUCUCCAGUUUUUAGCAGCUUGACCUCGACAGCCAGCACUGCUGAUCUGGCCCGACUUUUUCGUGAGCUGGAUGAGGCCAAGAGGAAGAUCAAACAGUGGGAGGAGGCCUGGCAUCAAGUCAAACAAGCGUGUGAAGCCUGCCAGAAAGAUGCUCACGAAGCAAAGGAACAAGCAAAAACAGCCGAGGCAGAGCGGCAACUGGCCGAACAGAAAUGGGAGGAAACUAAUCGCAAGCUGAAGGAGCUCCAAGCAGACUUUGACAUGCUUUGCCGCACCCCUGGAACGCCUCUUCUACGUAGCUACGGAGAGCUGGACCAGCUCCCCUUGUCAAAGCUUCACUCCAUCCAAAGUCAGCUGCGUAAUGACCUAGACCUUAUAGACGGGGUUAUAUAUCAGCUUCAGUCAAAGAAAUGUAUAGUUUGCCAAAAGCAUGAUCGUUGCGUUUUUCUGCAGCCUUGCCAACAUUAUGUACUGUGUGAGAACUGUGCACCUAGUAAAACAGAAUGUCCCUACUGUAGAACAAAAAUAUUAAAGUGGUGAUGUACAAUAACUUAAGGUACUAUUUAAAGAAUUAGCCCUUGAAAAACUACUACAUAUUACAGUUUCUAUCUCGCAGUGUCUGUUUUAUACAGUGAUUGAAAUAACUUGGAGCUGAAUGAUGUUUGACUGAAGAUCCAUAUAUUAUCAUUUUUUGUUGGGGGGGUUGGGGGAGGUGGUUGCUCAUUUUAUGUGCACUUCACUUGUGAUGUGCGGAUAACUUAAUGAAAAGCCACACAUUUAAAAGCACAUCAUGACUCCAGUCUUAAAUCUAAAAUUAAAAAUAAAUAAAUAAAAAUUAAAUCUAGACUUUGGCUAAAAGAUGCAUGUACUCACAUUUCUAUACUUUAAAGCAAAUAUGCAUUGUCAGGUCUGCAUGGAAGGUCUUGAAGUACUUUCGAAUAGAGCACUGAAACAAGUGUAACUGAUUGAUUUAUUUUAUUAAUUUUUGUUGUUUAUCCACCCACACAUACUGCACUUUUGAAUCAGUGUGUUUCAAUCUCUGAGCGCCUAAAAUGGCAUUAACGUUACCUCAUGCACUUAAUCAAGGAUGCCUGAAUGAACGCUUUAACGCAGGUUAACUUAAAACUUUGAGGUAAAAAUGUUUUUACACACCAAGUCUGUUCUCGCUUGACAUUUUUUUAACUCAAACCUUUGAGAAAAUACUGUAGAUGCUUGUAUAAUGCAAGUGGAUUUUAUUUUGAUGUCUGCAAAUUGAGAGUUAAUUUCACAGUAACUUUAAUAAGCGAGAUGAAACAAACAAAAACAAAAAUGUGGCUUGUCAUUGUUAAACUGUACUUAAGGUUUUCCAUCCAAGGCGGUGGUAGGGCCUCCAGCUCUGUGCAAGAAAACUAGUCUGGUGUCUUGAACAUAAAAUGAGCAAAAAUCUAAAGGUGAUUGUUCUUUAAUUAAAGAGGAAUACUUCUAGAUAUGUUUAGGCCAUUUGAUAUCGGCUGUGGCAGCAAAUAAAAAUGGGGGUAAGAGCAGCGGAAUCAUUAUCAGAUUGCAAAGUCAACGCUGCCAUUGAUCCAGAUUAUAAUUUUUUGUGACGGCCUACAUUGUCAAGCCCUUCAGACUGACAGCUGCAAGCAGAAACGAGAGCGAUGAGCAUCCAGAAAUAGUUAAAUGGGUCUCUGUCUGCUCAGCGCUACUUCACCAGAAAGCACAACAGCCUUCGCAAAGUGGAUAAACUGUUGCAGAACAUCUCACUAUCAUCAAAGAUAUCCUCAUACAGUAGAAACUAAAUUAUUUUUAAAGUACUUAUAUCAAUUGAGGUAUUAAAUCUGUUUACAGUUUGCAUGUCUAAACAACACACUGUAAUACAGACUAACCAAUGAAAUGAAACGUAGCAAUAUUGUACUACUUCAGUGUACCUCUUUAAAUAAAGCUCUAAAUUUCAAAUCCAGAAAUCGUUUUUUAAAAAGUAACAGUCAAAUCAUUGUUUUGACCGACUUUCUGAAGUAGUUUGAGCUCUUAUAAAAGCACUUUGUUGAACUGGGACUUUAUUAAAGGGUGUAUAGAAAUUUGCUUUAAGCUGCUGUGUAGGUAUUCUCUUUUUUCUAAAUUUAUACUUUUUAUUUUUAACAUAAGCUAAUGUCUGAGGCUUUUGUGUGUACUGUGAAAUAUAAUUUGAAUAUUUCAAUGUCUCCUGUUGAUAAAUUGUGGCAUGGUUCUACAUAUUAAGAUUUCAUAUUUUCUUUCCUAGUUAGAUUUAUAAAAAAAAUUCAAUCAAACAAAUGCAAAUUUUAAAAUGCAUUUUAGACAUAACCAGCAGCUGUAAUAUCAGUAAGGCACAUGCUACAUGUUAAAGUUGUUAUUCAAUCUGUUUUGUUUUUGUAUACUGGUAAAUUUAUAUUGCAUAGUCCUUAGAAAAGCAUGUUUUUGCUAAAAAUCUGAAGUUUUUUUUUUUUUUUGUAGGAAUCUAGCCUGUUGACCUUGUCUAGAACAUAUCGGCCUCUAACUCUGAAGUGCCUUGCCUUAGAUUAAAAGUUGUGUGUCAUUGCCAGAGCAAACACUGGUCAGUCGAAGCUUGUGUACAGGUUUCUUCAAAAAUGUCUUGUUUAAAUUAGCAGAUGUGUUGACACACCCAUGUUCGUAUUUGUGUAUAUAUGCCCGUGUAUUAUGCCCCAAGUUCAUGAAGUAUUCCUUCAGAGGAUAACUAGUGACCACAGAACACUGUUAGUGCUUGUGUCCUGACUUUAGCAUUCAGCUCAACUGAAAUUAGUUGGCAAAAGAAGGCGGAUGUGCGCGUUGGAGCCCCUUCUAACUAACGCUGACAUAAAACGCGAGCAGCCUUCUUGUUCCCUCAACCGCCCACUAACUCAUUCUUCUGUCAUGGUGCUCUUUUGGUGCAGCUUCAAUUUUUUUUUUUUUUCUUUUCUUUUCAAAAUAAGGUUUUUGUAGUUGAUCACUUGGGAGGAAGCAAACAUUGAACUCAUGCUUUUUUUCCCUUUUCUUUUGUACGGCAACAUCUAAAAUGCUUGUUACAGUUCAGAAACUUUUGGUUUUUGUUGCCCUAAUUUUGCAGUGAAUGAAGAAUUCUGUAAUUCAUAUGUAACUUGGUGUUUGCAUAACAUUUGAGCUUAGGUUAAAAGAAAUGACCUUCUACUGUGUUAUUUUAUUCUUUUCUUUUUUUUUUGCUUUAAACUCUGUAGAAAAUUGUAUAUCUCCAGGUACACCAUUAGUUACUCUGUAAUUAAGGGAAAAUGUUGUUUACAUUCUCAUAAAUGACAAUUACGUAACUCAGAGGAAAACAAAUAUAUUCCAGAAAGCUUAUGGUAUUUUAGCAUCUUCAUGAUUUAUAUUAUGGAAUAAAAGGCAGACUAAACACCUCCGGUAUUGCGUGUUAUGCGAUAUAACAACCAGCUACAAAAACAAUAUAUAUAUAUGAGAGAGAGAGAGAGAGAUGUAUUCGCACUGUGUCACACUGCCAGAAUAUUUGUAUCAAGUCGUUAGUGUAGUAAAGGCUUAACAACUUCUGCAAGCUUUGCUGCUACUGGAAAAAAGGUAUUAAUGUAGUUUCUUGUAAUACACGUAGAUGUUUGAAUGUUGUGCAUCCACAGCUUAGAUUUAAAAACAAAACAAAAAAUGAAAAAAAAAAAUUCUGCAUCUAAUUUGAUGAAUCCUUUUUUGGGUCAAACAUCCUUUUGAAUCUAACUUUAGUGCUUGUAUAAUUCACUUAGAAUGAUGUCACAGGCCCGUCCUGCUGUAGGUUGUCCAUUUUGAGUAGAAUAGGUGGUGUAUUUUUGAUGCAUUUCUUUCUUUCUUGCCACCUGACACCGGAAACGGUGUACAAUGCAGUUAAAGUUAUAGUUAUUCUUAUAUCACAUAAGGGGUGGGGGGUGUUCCUGUGAAGCCACCUAAUUAAAUGAUGUCUAGUGUAAAAAUAAAAAAAAACGAAGUGUUGUCGCAGUGUUCUGAAGGGACAUUUCAUCCUUGAAAUGAACUCUUUAUAGACAGAUCAGCCUGUAGCUCCGAACGCUCGUUUCCUAAUCUACAAAGGUCCACAGCCAGAACCCUGCUUAAGACACUUUUAAGUCUUACUACCGAUAAAGAUUUUCAGGCAAAUACUCUGUCUGCAUUUCAUUUUCAGAAAAACAGGUGCUUCAUUUCUUUGAGGCACAACAGAGAAAUCCUACAUUUUAUAGGACAAUAAUACUGUUUCUAAUUAGUUUAUAUAUUUUUCAUCUUUUAGUCUUACAGGGGCAUGUUGGACAGAACUAUGCUAACAGCUUUUGCUCGACACUAACGGACAUGAAUCCAUUUUUGCAGUUUUACCAAAGACUUGUACUGUUAAUUUGUUUCGUAUUAGAUUUCAUCAUUCAUUUGAUCUCAAACGGCAACCUAAUUUGUUUUAUUUUAAUCACCUUGUACCUUAAAUAGCUAAUGUUUAUUAUUCGUAAUUAAUGACAUCUUUUCUAUCGGACAUUAGCUGUAGUGAAUUGAUAGACAAAUGAUCAAAAGCAUGCAUGUCAGAUGCUUACAAACUGUAUUUGUACGUUGGAUUUUGUGUUGAGCAUACAUUUGACGUUUUUGGUAGAUUUGUGCAAUCGUGGCUAGCAUACGCUGACCAUAAGCGAGCAUUCCUUGUCAGUUUUGUCUACAGUGAAGGAAUGUCAAAGGGUGACAUUUGUGCUUCUGAUGUGGCCAUAUAAACUUCACGACAGUACUGUUUUGAAGUUCUUUUUCUUGGAUUUUUUUUGCUUAACAUAAUUUCAAGUACUUUGGAAACUGAUGGUUGUGCAUUGUAUGCUGUUUAAAAUAGGCCUACAGUGACCGUAUGGUGCUUCUUAUUUUUUUUCUUUCUUUCUUUCUAUGUAACUUUUCCAUUUCUUAAAGCUGUGGUCCAAAUUAUUAAUUUUUUAAUGUAUUAAAAAAGUAUAGCAAGGUGAUUAUUGUAAAAAUAAUAAUUUAAAUUAAAAAAAAUGGCAUAUACAGACAUAGUUAAAACUAAAUUGGGAUAAUUUAGUGGCCUACUUCCCCCAAUUUUUCUAACGACAAAUGAAAUGAUUGUUCAUUUGAUAAGCACAGUUUAUAUUUGUUCAGUUUUGUUCAAUUUCACACAAUAACAGACUAGUCACACUUUUCAAGUACAUCUGUGCCUUUCUCCGAUGAUCUAAUUUUGAUUGGUGUUAGAAGAAUAUUGUCCCACGUGUUCACUUGAUCAAUGAUAAAAUGCAAAGUGCUUAAUUAGAAUCAAAAAUUCCAGUGCCUUACAAUACUUUUGUGGACCACCAUGUGAUUGUUUUAGUAUUCUCUGCAGUCAGGCCACUUGAGUGGGCGUCUAAUCAGAUGAGAAUUGCUUUACUAAUUCCACAGGAUGGAGUAGACUGAAAGUGAUCAUUAAUCGUUGUCUGUAUUUGCCAUAACAUUUAAAGAAACAGAGCAAUACGUCUCGUUGAACACAAUUCUGUCUGGCACCAUUUGGCACCAAAACUCAAAUUGUUUGUAACAAAAAGUAAAUAAAUAAAAGCACCAAAUAGGAAGAUCUUUGUAAAUGAACUGUAACAGGUGUAUUAUUUUUGCUCUGCAUUGGAAUAGUUUAAUCUAUUUUGCAUUAUUGUUAGUUGUGUUGUCUUUUUUUUGUUUUUAAUAUUAUGAAAAUGGAGCCUGAAAAUUUAUGCAAUCUUGUAAAUGUAUAUGAUGUAUGGAACUGUUCAGAUUAAGUUAAAAAAAAAAAAAAACACACAGCAAGUGUUGUCAAAUGUUUAAAAAAAAUCUGAAUGUGGAGCCGUUUGUUCCAUAUACUUUGGAAAAUUUCAGUAGAAAUGUUAUUUUAACAUUGAAGCCCUGAAAUAUUGAAUGUAUUGUUAUAAAUUAGAUAUUCAAUUAAUAGGUCACUGGAAUAUUAUGGAGCGCAGUUAAUUCAUUAUGAUGUAGCAUCUAGUUGUGAACUGCUAUUCAAUAAAAAUUAUUAGAACUAAAACCAAUGCAACUUUCCAUAUUUCUGUGUCAGCGUUAUAAGGAAAAUGUAUUUUGGACAAGAUGAUAGUGGUUUAAUAGACAAUGUGUUAAAGCUGCAUUUUGAAAAUUUACUUAAUGUCAGUAGAUGCAGACAUUAAAAAAAAAAAAAAAAAAAAUGUCCCCAUUAUUUUGUGGAGAGCUGUAUGACUAUGUAGGAGAUUCUCAUCUGCUAAUCGUAGAAGUUACUCUGUUGGUAUAUUGAUAAAUUUUGUGUUGUGAACACAAAAACAGGUGCAAGUCUUUUUAGAAUAGAUUUUUUUUCUACAUUGAGGAUUGUGUACUGCAUAUUUUCUGUAGUGUUACUAGUUUUAGUGUGUUAAAUUGUUACACUACAAUUAUGCAAUGGUUUACAGAGUUCACAAAAUUAUUUUAUCAUCUUGAGAAUUAAAAUAAUUUUUCAUCUGAAA